GCUGUGCCAAAUCGAGGUGGGAUAACAAUAACAACAACAACAUUUUAUUUUAUUUUUUAAAUAAGAGAGACGCUUCUUUCUUCCACAUCCAGCGGAUUUGACGGCUGGCCUGACAUAAUCGCCUUCAUCACAGGGUGGUGUUGGCUGUGGUGGUGGUGGAGGAGGAGGUGCUCAGGGAUGCUGUCACUGCACCCUUUAAAAAAAAUCCGAGAUUAAAACGCCAGCAUGGAGGAAAUCUUGCGAAAACUGCAGAAAGACGCGUCCGGCCACAAGCACAAAGCUCUGCGCGACGCCUGCGUCUACGCCCGCGAAACUCUGGAGUCUCACAAUGGAUCCGCCAAGAUCUCCAAGAUCCCCGCCUCACAGCUCCGAGAGCGCUGUCUGCUGCCUCUCCAGAUGGCCCUGGAGUCUAAAAACACCAAACUGGGCCAGGCGGCGCUGACUGGGAUGCAGAAGCUCCUGUGUGAGGACAGGUUGGUGGGCGGUGUCGGCGUGGAGUCGGAGGCCCUGGAGAAGCAGCUGCUCAGCCAGAUGCUGGAGGCCAUCCGAGUCACGCCAUCCCUCCAUGAAGACCUGCAGGUGGAGGUCAUGAAGGUCCUGCUGUGUAUCACCUACUCGCCAAACUUUGACAUCAACGGAGACUCCAUCCUCCGGAUCGCCGAGGUGUGCAUCCAGACCUACGUGUCCAGCUGUCACCAGCGCAGCAUCAACACGGCGGUCCGAGCCACGCUGAGCCAGAUCCUGGGAGACCUGACGCUGCAGCUGAGACACAGACAGGAGGGCGAAGAUGGAGACGAGGUCACGGCGCCGCCGCUGCACAGGAGAGACAUCUCUCCCACCAGCCAGGCUCUGUGUGAAGACGUGGUGACGGUUCUGACGGUUUUCUGCGAGCGGCUGGAGUCGGUGGACAGUGAGAACCAGCUCCUGCAGCUCCUCUACCUGGAGUGCAUCCUCUCCAUGCUCAGCAGCUGCCCUCCCACAAUGCACCUGUCCAGAGGGUUCGGCGACCUCGUGUGGAAGCAGCUGUGUCCGUCCCUCGUGGCGAUCAUGGGAAAUCCAGCCAACGACAAAACCAUCGCUUCCCACCACGGCUACACGGGCGCGUCCGACCGCCUCUCGGACAGACACGGUCUAGGAUUCAGCCAGGAGCUGGACUCCUUCGGAGGAGGGGUGUCCGAUCAAGGCAGAGGGUCCGGCUGCUCCUCCAGCGCCCCCGCCAGGAUUGCGCCGGUAGUGCGCACCGUGUGCUACGUGGCCGCGGAGCUCGUGCGUCUGGUGAACUGCGUGGAGUCCAUGAAGCCGGUGCUGCAGUCGCUGUACCACAGGAUCCUGCUGUACCCGCCUCCCCAGCACCGCACCGAGGCCAUCCGCAUCAUGAAGGAGAUCCUGGGCAGUCCCCAGCGGCUGUACGACCUCGCCGGUCCGUGCGUGGCGGAGCCUGAAACCAGGAAGCGCUCCUUCUCAAAGAGGAAGUCCCACCUGGACCUUCUUAAACUAGUGAUGGACGGGAUGACGGAGGCCUGCGUGAAGGGCGGCAUCGAGGCGUGCUACUCGUCGGUCUCCUGCGCCUGCGCUCUCCUCGGGGCGCUGGACGAACUGUCGCACGGCCGCGGCAUCCAACCCGAGCAGGCUCGACUUCUCCUCCGACGCCUGGAGGACCUGAAGGACGCGGCGGAGUCGACGCGCGAGUCCUUGGAGAUCAACGAGGCCGACUUCAGGUGGCAGAGACACAUCCUGUCCUCUGAGCACGGCGCCUGGGACGCCGGCGCUUCUUCCUCCGCCCACGCGGCCGCCACCGAGCGCAGCCCCGACAUCAGCAUCAGCAUCACCACGGAGACGGGCCAGACCACCGUGGAUCUGGAGGCGGGGGAGCUCGGCCACGCUGCUCCCGAGGACGAACGCGAGGAGAACCAGGGGAGCCAACGGGAGGAGGGAGGAGGAGGAGGAGGAGACAUCGGUGGGGAGGAAAGAGGAGGUGUGGUUCCUCCUCCAGAUGUGGUGCAGCGAAGUCACGACCUUGUCCACCCCGACAUCACCAACUUCCUGUCUGUGGAGUCCAGGACCAGGUCCCACCACGGGGGGGGGUCACGUUACAGCGAGAGCAACUUCAGCGUCGAGGAGCAGGACUUGUCGCGCACGGAGUUCGACUCGUGCGACCAGUACUCCAUGGCGGCGGAGAAGGACUCGGGCCGCUCCGACGUGUCGGACAUCGGCUCCGACAACGUGUCGCUGGCGGACGAGGAGCAGCAGACGCCUCGCGACUGCCCGGGCCACCGCUCCCUGCGCACCGCCGCCCUGUCGCUCAAGCUGCUGCGCAACCAGGAGGCGGACCAGCAGAGCGCCCGGCUGCUCGUCCAAUCGCUGGCGGCGCUGCUGCCCCGCCUGCUGGGGCUGCCCGGCGCCGCCCAGGUGGACCAGUCGCUGCAGAACUUCUCCUCCGGCUUCUGCUCCGGGCUGCAGGCCGGUGGGAUCCACUCCCCGGGGUUCGAGGCCGGUGACACGCUGAGCUGCCAGUCCCUGAUGAACGCCGACGGCCUCUACCUGGUGUCGUACUACGCCCUCCUGCUCAACCUCAAGCUCUGCUGCUGCGACUACUACCAGCGGCGAGCGCUCGCCCCCGACCUCGGCCUGAAGGAGUUUGUGCGUCUGAUCCAGAGCAGCGGGGUCCUCGUGGUUCUCUCUCAGGCCUGGAUCGAGGAGCUCUACAAUCAGGUGUUGGAGCGCAACCUGCUGGGCGAGGCCGGGUACUGCGGCGCCCCGGAGGACCACGCGCUGCCGCUCAUCACCGUGCUGACAGAUAUUGACGGUCUGGGCAGCAGCGCGAUCGGAGGUCAGCUGAUCAGGAGGGCGUCCAACCAAUCGCCACUUAGCGUUGACAAGGCCGGGAGUGACACUGUGAUGGCAGGGGCCGUGUUCUCUCGCUUCGUCCUCACCGGCGUGUGGAAGAACCUGAUGGACGUGCUGUCCACGCCGCUGACGGGCCGCAUGGCGGGCAGCUCCAAGGGCCUGGCGUUCAUCCUGGGGGCGGAGGGGGUCAAGGAGCAGAGCCAGAGGGAGAGGGACACCAUCUGUCUGAGUCUAGACGGCCUCCGCAAGGCGGCGGCGCUCAGCUGCGCUUUGGGUGUGGCUGCCAACUGCGCCUCAGCGUUGGCCCAGAUGGCUGCAGCGUCGUGUGUGCAGGAGGAGAAGGAGGAAAAGGAAGUGGGAGAGAUGGGCGACGCCAUCGCACAAGUGAAGCAGCGCGUUGAACAUCGUCUGGAGCAGAUCGGCCGUCCUCAGGGCGUUCGCCUCCACACGGCUCACGUGUUGUGUAUGGACGCCAUCCUGAACGUAGGACUGGAGAUGGGUAGCCACAACCACGACUGCUGGCCACACGUCUUCAGGGUGACUGAAUACAUCAGUUCAAUGGAGCACACCCACUUCAGCGACGCCGCCUCGCAGCCGUCCUCCCUGACCACCAUCACCCAGCAGAGCCAGCAGGCGGUGGACCUGGGGAUGGAGCUGAGCUGCGAGCCCAGCCCGGAGGCCUCGGAGCUGGGCCUCAGCCAGCCGGUGAUCCAGCCUCUGUCCAUCCAGGAGCUGCUGAGGGAGAGCAGCAGAGGCCGGGGUCUGGACCUGAAGAGCGGCAGCCUGAUGACCGGGACCAGUGCUGCCAAGGCUGUGUGUACGCUGUCGACGCAGGCGGACAGGUUGUUUGAAGAAGCAGCUACCAAGCUGAACCUGGUGGGUCUGGUCGGCUUCCUGCAGCAGCUCAGGAAAGCGUCUCAGUCCCAGCUGUUCGACUCUGUGACUGAGACCGGAGACUAUUCACUGGCAAUGCCAGGAGAGGCCAAGUCGACCCUGGACCGGCGCAGCGCUCUCCAUCUCUUCCGCCUGGGCGAGGCCAUGCUGAGGAUCGUCAGGAACAGGAACCGCCCUCUGCUCCACGUCAUGAGGGCCUGGAGCGUGGUGGCGCCCCACCUGGUGGAGGCUUCGUGUCACAAAGAGCGCCGCGUGUCCCAGAAGGCCGUGUCCUUCCUCCACGACGUCCUGACGGAGGUGCUGUCCAGCUGGGCGGAGCCGCCUCAGUUCCACGUCAACGAGGCUCUGUUCCGGCCCUUCGAGCACAUCAUGCAGCUGGAGCUGUGCGACGAGGACGUCCAGGACCAGGUGAUCACCUCCAUCGGCGAGCUGGUGGAGAUGUACUCCCCUCAGAUCCUGUCUGGGUGGAGGCCUCUGUUCAGCGCUCUGAGGACCGUCCACAGCAGCAAGACGGACACCAAGGAAUACCUGCUGGGGGAGUACUCCAUGGGGAAGUCCCAGGCUCCGGUGUUCGAUGUCUUUGAGGCGUUCAUCAACACCGAUAACAUCCAGGUGUUUGCCAACGCGGCCACCGACUACAUCAUGUGCCUCAUGAAGUUCGUUAAAGGCUUAGGAGAAGUGGACUACAGGGAGAUUGGAGACUGUGUCCAUCCGUCGGGCUUCAGCUCCACUGACCUCUGCCUGCCUGCUCUGGACUACCUCCGCAGGUGUUCACAGCUGCUGGCCGAGAUAUACAAGAUGCAGAAUAAGCCGGUGUUCCUGGGGGCGCGGCUCGCCAGCCUGCCGAUGAGGUCGCAGGAACGCUCCAUCAGCACCGAGAACGGGAUGGACUGCGUCCUGCAGGAGUUCGACGACGACACGGGUCUGAUCCAGGUGUGGAUUCUGCUGCUGGAGCAGCUCACGGCGGCGGUGUCCAACUGCCCCCGGCAACACCAGCCGCCGACCCUGGAGCUGCUGUUCACGCUGCUGCGGGGGCUCAUCGACGUGCCAGGUCCGGGCUUCGCCAUCUUCUCCGUCAUCCAGCUGCUGCUCCCCGUCAUGGCGCUGUGGCUGCAGCGUAGCCACGGCGACCACUCCUACUGGGACGUGGCCGCCGCCAACUUCAAGCACGCCAUCGGCCUGUGCUGCGAGCUGGUGGUGGAGCACGUCAACAGCUUCAUCCACACGGAUGUUGGGUACGAGUCUCUGAUCAACCUGAUGUUGAAGGACCUGUUCAAGCUGCUCGUGGCGUGCGUGUCCGAGCCGGCGGAGACGAUCUCCAGAGUCGGCUGCUCCUGCAUCAGGUACGUCCUGGUCACAGUGGGUCCGGUGUUCACGGAGGAAAUGUGGAGGUUGGCCUGCUGUGCUCUGCAGGACGCCUUCUCUGCUACAUUAGAGCCUGUCAAGAACCUCCUGGCGUGUUUUCACAGCGGUUCGGACAGUUUCUCUGGGGACGCCUGCGAGGUGAAGGUGGCGGCUCCGUCCCACUCCCCUGCAGCCGAGGCCGAGUACUGGAGGAUCAGAGCCAUGGCUCAGCAGGUCUUCAUGAUGGACACCCAGUGCUCCCCGAAGACGCCCAACAACAAGGAGGGCUUCGAGCACGCUCAGUCGUGCCUCCUGAUCAUCGAGCUGCCGGCCGACCAGCAGGCCAACGGGCAUGCUCAGAAGAGGAUCCCGUUCCGGACCAUCGUGGUGAGCCUGUUGUCGCACCAGGUCCUGCUCCAGAACCUCUACGACAUCCUGCUGGAGGAGUUCGUCAAGCAGCCCGAAGGCUACGAGAAGGUCACGCCCGUGACCUCUGACCCCGGCCGGGCAACCGUGGGCUUCCUGCGCUACAUCUCCAUGACUAACUUAGCCAUCAUCCUGGAUCUGCUGCUGGACUCGUACAGGACAGCACGGGACUUUGACACCCGGCCGGGUCUGAAGUACCUGCUGAUGAAGGUGUCGGGUGUCUCCGGGGCGGCUAACCUUUACCGCCAGUCGGCCAUGAGCUUCAACCUGUACUUCCAGGCCCUGCUGUGUGCCACGCUGAGCCAGGACGACGGCAUGACCGCACAGCAGGUGAAGAGGAUGCUGUAUGAGGAAGAGGAGGGGAGCUCUGACUCUUCUCUCCCUGGCUCUGCUUCGUCAGAAGAUGAAGACAUCUUCGAAGAAACAGCACAGGUCAGCCCCCCCCGCGGCCGGGAUAAACGUCACCACUGGCGGGCGCCCGUCCCGUCUCUCGGCGUGCAGCCGCUGAGCGGCGCCGACUGGGCGUGGCUGGUCAGGCGCCUCUCCAAGCUGUGCAUGGACCUGUGCAGCAGCUACAUCCAGAUGCACCGCGACCUGGAGAGCACGCUGGAGGAGAUGGCGCUGCAGAGAGGAGCAGGAGGAGGAGGAGGAGGAGGAGGAGGAGGAGGACUCUUCCAGUCCGAGAAUUCCACUCCGACUUCGGCCGGCGGGCUGUCGGCGAAGGGGACGCCGUCGGAGGAAGGCGGGUACAGGCGAGAGGCGGGACUCGGGGAUAACGGGCGGCUCCGUGGGAGGAGCUCCGGCGGCGGCGCCGGACCCGGGAGGAGAAAGGAAUGGUGGGAAAGCGCCGGGAACAAACUGUACACCAUCGCCACGGACAAGACCAUCAGCAAGCUGAUGGUGGAGUACAAACGCAGGAAACAGCAGCAGCCGCCGCCGCAGAGCCACGUCAACCUGUUCAUGAAGGAGCAGGGCCGGGCGGCAGGGGAGAGGAGGGGCCCCGUGGAGAGGCCCCAACAUCUCGUGGACCAGCAGGUGGCCCCGUUGAGGCACUCGGUCAGCGCCGGGCCGGAGGUUCUGAGGAAGGAGAAGAGGCCGCGAUCAGGAUCGAACAUCAGCUCCCACAGCAUCUCCAUGAGGGACUCUGAGGCUCAGAUACAGGCGUGGACCAGCAUGGUCUUGACUCUCCUGAAUCAGGUCCUCCUCCUGCCCGACUCGGCGUUCCUGGCGCUCCAGCCGGCGCUCUUCCCGUGCCUCAGCCAGCUCUCGUGCCACGUGGCCGACGGCCGCGUCCGCCAGGCGCUGCGCGACUGGCUGGGCCGCGUCGGCCGGCUCUACGACAUCACCGGGUGACACUGCGGCGAAGGGAAAGGAGCGAAAAACAAAAGCGCCGAAAAAGAGCGCGCGGCGGGACGGAGAAAAGAGGAAUUGGGUUUGCCGGCGCCGCUGUGCGGUGGAUUGAUGGGAGGGUUUGGCAGACCGACAGUCUGAUGUAACCGGCUGGUGGCCUCGUGUGGAUCGGUGGAACUUUUGGGGACAUCGGCGAACGUCAUGUGACUUUUUUUUUUUAAAGGAACAGUUUGUAGGAUUUAGCGGCAUCUAGUGGCGUGGUUGCACAUUGCAACCGAGUGAUUUACCCCCACCCCCGGAAAAACCCAGUUUGUCCGCUCUGGGCCACUGUAGAAAAAAUGGCGGCCUCAUUCUGAGCUAACGUGCACCCAACGAUUCUUAGUUUCAGCUAACGGUAAACCAAUAAAGACGUAUUAUAUUCCAUUCAUGCUGAAGGAUCCUUCCCAAAAACACUCGACGCUGGCCCUUUAAGGUUUUGAUUGCAAUGAAGGAGUUAGUUUGUUUGUGAUUGUUGAUCUUUUUUUACGUAAUAUCGUCACACUAUGCUAACUCCAACGUGAUAAUAACAUUGAGUUAUUGCUUCAUCCUAAUUGGAUGCCGACCUCAAUUCGAUGCAAUUAAUCGUGGAUACUGUUAGGUUUUUUUAAAAGGUGCCCCGAGGAGUUUUCUAUUCACAUUCGGAGCAUUAAUCAGUUUUUUUUAGUCCACGACUGCCAACAGCUGUUGAGUUCAAAGAGUUCAGUUCUUCCAGCCGUUUGGUCGAGCGUGAGCUUCAAAGACUCGCUCAUCAAAACUUAACUCCACAGCACCCCAUGUGGUCAGAAACUCAACAGGGUACCUUUUUUAAUGUAAAAAUAUCUUUAUUUAUGAAUUCUUUACAACUUGGGGUCGUAUUUUCAACUCCGUUUUGGCCAUUAUUACCACUCGUCAUGAAGAAAACGAUGAAUAAGAAAAUAUACUGUGUCUCAUAACAGGACAGAUCACGAGCAUUUGAAAAACGAAUCCAGCUAAAAUUCGGUCAAUCGGGUUUGAAUAUCGUUGCAUUUAUUUUUUCCCAAAUCAGAGAGCGAUGUCCGUUGCGUCCGUGAGAGAAGGCACUUUGCAUUUGAAUAGAUUGUUCGUCAUAAAUUUGUCGCUGCGAUGCAUUUUCUAUACCCAGCUUUAAAUCUUGUGCCUUCUUAUUUACUCAUCCACCUUCCACUGAAUGUCUGAAUGUUUAUUAUUCACUCUUAAACCUUCUGGAAUGAGUGGAUCACCAAGAUGGAGCGUUCAAGUACUUUAUUUUACCCGAAAAACCACGUACAGUAUGUGUGUUUUAAUGUGGAAGGCCUAAAAUAUACAACGCUUUAUUUACCGCUGUUACGCCGUUUAUGUGUGUACAUGUAUUUCUAGAAAUGCUUUAUUAUUUAAGAUAAUUAACGUGUCA